CUCGGUCGCCGGAAGUGUGCAGUAGUCGGGCUGAGGAAGAUGGCGGCGGCGAAGCGAAGCGUGCUGUCGUCGUUGGCGGUUUACGCGGAAGAUUCCGAGCCCGAAUCCGACAGCGAGGCCGGCGCGCCGGGGAGCGAUGGAGGGACGGCAGCGGAAGAAAAAGGAGGUCUGGUCUCAGAAGCAUAUGGCGAAGAUGAUUUCAGCCGGUUGGAAGGAGAUGAGGAUGGGUAUGAGGAAGAGGAUGAUGAAAACAGCAGACAUUCAGAAGAUGACGAUUCAGAGACUGAAAAACCUGAGGCUGGUGACCUAAAGGAGUUCUCAGACCUGGAGAAGAGAGAUCCCCAGGAGCUAGUUGCUUCCUUCUCAGAGCGAGUAAGAAAUAUGUCUCCAGAUGAGAUCAAAAUCCCUCCAGAACCCCCAGGCAGGUGUUCAAACCACUUACAGGAUAAGAUUCAAAAGUUGUACGAUAGGAAGAUGAAAGAGGGCAUGGAUAUGAACUACAUCAUUCAGAGGAAGAAGGAAUUUCGUAAUCCCAGCAUCUAUGAAAAGCUGAUCCAGUUUUGUGCAAUCGACGAACUUGGUACGAAUUAUCCCAAGGACAUGUUUGACCCUCAUGGGUGGUCUGAGGACUCCUACUAUGAGGCGCUAGCCAAAGCACAGAAGAUUGAAAUGGACAAACUGGAAAAGGCCAAGAAGGAGCGCACAAAGAUUGAGUUUGUGACUGGCACUAAGAAGGGCACAACAACAAAUGCUUCAUCCACCACAACCACAACAGUCAGCACUGCCGUUGGAGAUGCUCAAAAGAGAAAAAGUAAGUGGGACUCUGCCAUCCCGGUAACAACAAUAGCUCAGCCCACCAUCCUCACCACCACUGCAACAUUGCCAGCGGUUGUCACAGUAACCACCAGCGCAAGCGGCUCCAAAACCACAGUUAUCUCUGCUGUUGGCACCAUAGUGAAAAAAGCAAAACAGUGACAAGUGCAUUGAGACCUGACCUGGGCUUCCAGACUGAAUUCUCAUUGAAGGCACCAUCCUUUGAAGGGGAAGAGGAGAGGGUCACUCUUAUUUGCUCAGUACAAAAUGGCAAGACUUGAAAACAGACCCAACAUGCACCCCCUUCCGUCCCCCAACCCCAUUAAGGGAAGUGGGGGAAGCAGGAACAUCAAGUGUGUGCACACAGGACUGACCUUCAUAGAAAGGAGUUUCUCUAUCCCGUGUCACUGCUGGAAUGACCAGUCGCUCUGUAGUGUGCUGAAGGCCAGUGGUGUGCAAUGUGUCAGCUUGUAAACGGUAGCUUAUUUAAGUGUUGUGGUGGUGUUGCUUUUACGGCUUGGAGAGUCUUAUCCCUACUGGAAAUCUAAAUUUUAAAAAUAAAUGCGAAAAUGUCGGUCAUUCUCUUGCAUCUCAGGCCACGCUUUAAAGGUGGUUGCCCUAUGACUUGGUCUCCCCCACGCAUACACGCUCUGCCUCAAGGGAAUUAAUGCGCACAAGGCUGAUCAGCAUCCUUGCUUGUAAGCAUAGCUGAGAUGUGAGUGUAUAAUCUACAUGCAAAGAAAUGAGUCUACAUUCAUACAAUUGCUAUUCACAUCUGUAACCUACGUGCAUAUCCAUGUAGCUUUUAUUUCGGUAAUCAGGUGUUAAAAGCAUUGAAAUUUUUUAAUAUAAAAUAGUCAAGUUUUGCUAGCCUCUUACAGAGAUGGAGACCCCCUGUGCAGAACCUGGACUGUGGGUGUCACAUUUGUGAAAUCAGAGCGUGCAUUUGGAGAGAGCUGCCGAGAGAAAUUUUGUCUCCAUGGAGUAAGAUCAGAUACCAGAUCGCCAGAGGAAAGUGUUCCUAAUGUAGAAACCCAUGUUGUCUAUGUAUAAUGUAGUGACUUAUACUGUGAAACACACACACAGCAGUACUGUUUGCUCCAAUGUAGUGAAAAAGAUAUUGUCAACUUAAAUUUUACUUUUUGGGGAGGUGCUUCCUACCUAUGUUACUAAAAAUUCUUCAUUAUAAAAAUGGAAAAUUUUAAAAAU